GUGGUCCUCGCAGACGUUAUUUGGCGUCGAGCGAAGUGGAAGCUGCUCUCAACACGACGAUAAGCUCAGAAUACUCGCCACUCACUCAUGCCCGGCGGCGCCGCAGAACGGUCGCAGACUCUGCAGACCUCUCUCUGGAUUCACCUACAUAUAGAGUUACGGAGAGUCGGAGACCAUGAACCUUCGUCCGCAUAGCUCUUCACGUUCGGCUAUCAUCGCUUCAUCGGCAUCGCCGAGAAAUCAUGAUGGCGAGCGAGCUGCUUCCGGCGGUGCUGCUGAUCUCCGUGGCGUCAUUGGCCGGACUGGCCGCCGGAGCUGCGCGCGCAGGCGGCGUCGCCAUCUACUGGGGCCAGAACGGCAACGAAGGCACGCUGGCGCAGACGUGCGCGAGCGGCAACUACAGGUUCGUCAACGUGGCCUUCCUGUACACCUUCGGCAAGGGCCAGACGCCGCUGCUGAACCUGGCGGGCCACUGCGACCCGGCGUCCAACGGCUGCACGGGCGUGGGCGCCGACGUCAGGUCCUGCCAGCGCCUCGGCAUCAAGGUCAUGCUCUCCAUCGGCGGGGCCGUCGGCAGCUAUGGCCUCUCGUCCCGCGCGGACGCCAGGCAGGUCGCGAGGCACCUCUGGGAGAACUACCUCGGCGGCACGUCGCCGUCGAGGCCCCUCGGCGACGCGGUGCUCGACGGCGUCGACUUCGACAUCGAGAGCGGCGGGAGCGCGCACUGGGACGAGCUGGCGCGGGAGCUCAAGAAGUACUCGGGGAAGGGGCGCGAGCGCAGGAGGGUGUACCUGGCGGCGGCGCCGCAGUGCCCGUUCCCGGACGCGUCGCUCGGCGGGCUCGGCGGCGCGCUCGGCACGGGCCUGUUCGACUACGUCUGGGUGCAGUUCUAUAACAACCCGCCGUGCCAGUACACCACGGACGGCGGGGUGGGCAACCUGGCGCGCGCGUGGGAGCAGUGGACGGCCAUACCGGCGAAGCAGGUGUUCCUGGGGCUCCCGGCGGCGCCCGAGGCCGCCGGCACCGGGUUCGUGGAGGCGACAGACCUGGUGUCUAAGGUGCUGCCGGUGGUGAAGAAGUCGAAGAAGUACGGUGGUAUCAUGCUGUGGUCGAGGUUCUACGAUGGGAAGACAGGGUACAGCGACAAGGUCAAGCCCAGCCUGUGAGCUGGUAUUAACGGCUACUAAGCUCGGGUCAGGGAUCAAGAGCAAGUGCCAUUAACAUGUCCUCUAUCACGUGUCAAGCCUGAUACUGAGCAAAGACAAAUAACAGGACAGAAAUGUACUGUAUGAUCGUAUUCAUCACCAAGAACCACUUUCCUCUAUCACAGUGCAUGUUCGUUUUGUUCUAAGUGAAACUUUGUAAAAUUCGAUCAGGUUUUUGAAAAUCGACAUAAAACACUAUAUGUCAUCAAGCUUGCGGAAGAUGGGGCUCGUGGGCGGAUAGACCUGGUCCGGCUACAUUGUGGUGAUGGGGGAGCUCCGGCGAGUCGUGUCGUUGCCGGCGAGCUCGAGGCAACAAGAUCACCCUUCAAAUUUCUGGUUGUAGUUUUGCUUAGAUAUUUCGAUGUUUUUUUCUUCUGAAACACUUUGAUUUUUUUUAUGUUGCAUAGGUUGUUUUCACAACCUUCAUCCUCGUGUAUGUUCUGCCACAGUACACAUGGACGUCAUGUCGCAAUUAUUCUGGCUCAUUGCAAUGCUGUGUCCACACAACAAAGUUUUUAGUGUUGUCGACCUGUAAUUGAUGUCGGUUCUAUGUUGCUCAUAGUGUAAUGACUUUUCUUAUUGGUUUGCUGCGAUCAACCGGGAUUUAUUGCAUAUAGAAAAAUGGUUUUAUAGGUAUGCUUGGCAUGUUCCAACAUUUCUGCAUGUUUAUGAAAUACUGAGAAAACAUAUUGUGUUGAUGUUCCAUAAGUAGAAGAAACAUGUUGUAGUAUGGAUAGACUGGGCGUACCCUCCAUUCGAACAACGUCUAUUGUCUAGUCUUCUUUUGGCGCGAACGUCGUUAGCUAGAGUAGAUAAUUGAUAGACUCAUGGUAUAAUUCCUUCACACGAACCGUUUUAAAAGGCUCAACUUUAAGAAAAUCUUAUAUUUAUGUUUUAUUUCAUAGAAGGUUAAAUGCCACAUAUUAAGUAGCACAAACCAUAAAUACACACUUACGGAAAUUGAAAAUAUAUCUAAAUACUUUGGGGUGCUGAAGUCUUCUUCCACCUUCACCCACCUGCAACACGUGGUGAAACAAACUUGUUGUCGCCUCUGGACCUCCAUCUCGGCGGAGCAAAUUUCUUGAAACCAUGAGUUUUGUAGAAGCAAUGGCCAUGAAUUCGUUGUUGUACAGCAGAAAACGUCAACGACCAUGAUCUACAUAGUAUUAUCGUCGUUCGGAGAAAACAAACGAUGAAUUGGAGCUAUAGAACCCGCGAGGUCCAACUGUUGGGAAAUGCAGUAAUUUUAAAAAAUUCCUACGAUCACGCAAGAUCUAUCUAGGAGAUGCAUAGCAACGAG